AUGGAUAUUUUCAGAGUAUUGACUAGAGGCGCAAAUAUUAACAAGAGAAAACAGUUACUAUCAAAUAAUACGAAUAAAAAUGAUGCAAAUAACGAACUUCAACGAGAACAAAAAAAAAAAGAAGAUCAGAUCACAAAAGAAUUGGAUUUCUUCCAUAAUAAAAAAAUCGUUACAAAAGUCAUAAAUAAUAAUGCUACUGACGCUGACACCAACAGCACCGCCAUUUCACAAGAUACUGCAACUGCCACCGAUAAUGACGACGUUAUACCACCUAAAAUCAAUAGCAAAGAGGAUGCAAUUAAAUUACGUAAAUCAUACAAGGGUAAAGUCACAACAGGUAAUUUAAUAGGUACUUCUAAAAACAAUGAUUUGGACUUCAACGCUUCGUUGCCGAUUGGUUCAUUUGAAGAUUUAAUUACAAGGUUUAAAUUCAAUAAAAAGUUGUUGGAUAAUUUGAUAGUUAAUGGGUUUACUGAACCAACUCCAAUCCAAUGUGAAAGUAUUCCAAACACGUUAAGCGGCAAAGAUAUUUUAGCCUGCGCUCCAACUGGUUCAGGUAAAACUUUGGCAUUUUUAAUACCAAUGGUACAACAAGUUUUAGAUGAAUGUAAUAAUAAUAAUAAUAAUAAUAAUAAUAAUAAUAAUAAUACCGGUAAUAGUGGCUUGAAAUGUCUAAUUAUUUCACCUACCAAGGAUUUAGCCAACCAGAUAUAUACCGAGUGCAUGAAAUUAGCAGCAAACAUUUUAGUAACAGGUCCUAAUGAAGACAAUACAUCCGAUAAGAAAAAUAAGAAGAGAAGUUUGAAUAUUGGCAUACUAUCCAAGUCUCUAGCCGCUAAAUUGAAAAAUAGAGUUGUUAGUAGCAAGAAAUAUGACAUUUUGAUUUCCACUCCGUUGAGAUUAAUCGAUACAAUGGGGAUUACUAGCACCAAUUCUAUAGCCGGGAGUAACAUUAACGAUGGGCACCUAGCCAAUACAGACUGUCCCUUGGACUUGAGUGGUGUUAAACAUUUAAUUUUUGAUGAAGCCGAUAAGCUAUUUGAUAAAACUUUUAUUCAGCAAACAGAUACUAUAUUGGCUUGCUGCACAUCCUCUACUUUACAAAAAAGUAUGUUUUCUGCUACUAUUCCCUCUAAUGUUGAAGAAAUUGCCUCUAGCAUUAUGUCUGUGUCUAUGGUUAGGAUUAUUAUUGGUCACAAAGAGGCAGCCAAUAGUAACAUCAACCAACAAUUGAUAUAUUGUGGUAACGAAGAAGGUAAGAUUAUUGCAAUCAGACAAUUAAUCCAAAAUGGAGAGUUCAAGCCGCCAGUUAUAAUUUUCUUGGAAUCAAUUACGAGAGCAAAAGCGCUAUAUCACGAACUAUUAUAUGAUAAAUUGAACGUUGAUGUUAUACAUUCCGAAAGAACGCAGUUACAAAGGAACAAAAUCAUCGAAAGUUUUAAAAACGGGGGUUUAUGGGUGCUAAUCUGUACUGAUGUUUUAAGUAGAGGUUUAGAUUUUAAAAACGUUAACCUAGUCAUAAAUUAUGAUGUUCCAACAUCUGCACAGAAUUAUGUGCAUAGAAUUGGUAGAACUGGUAGAAAUGGGAAAUCGGGAAAAGCAGUAACAUUUUACACCAAACAAGAUUCUUUAAGUAUUAAGCCAAUUAUUAAUGUUAUGAAACAAAGUGGUUGUGAAAUAGCUCCUUGGAUGGAAAAUAUGAGUAAAUUGACAAAAAAGGAAAAAAACAUUGUUAAAAGAGGUGUUAGUAAUAGAAAACAAAUUAGCUCUGUGCCUAAAAUAAUAAAACAUAAGAAAAGACAAAGAUUUGAGAUGGUUGAGGCAUCGAAAAAAAGGAAGAUGAUGGAUAAUGGGCGUAGUACAGAUAUUGAAGAUAAAUGA